AUGAGCGGAGCAGCAUCGUAUCUGGCGAGGAGGGCAACGCAGAGGGAGAAAGUUGGAAUCCUCUACAGACGUGCCCUCAAAUACUCUAUCAAUUGUGCCAUUCACCGCCAUCUCUUUUACCCUGAUGCCGAUGCACUUCGUGAGAGAUUCGAUGCGAACAAGAACGUGGUAUCACUACUACUCGUUACACAAGUUCGCGAGCCAUUUGAUUCAAAUAGAAGAAUGAGGUUGCGAUUGAUUCAAGAAAAUGGUUGA